AUGGAGGAGUUGUCCGACCAAGUCAUGAGGGAGAGUGAGGGUGGGAAUGAUAUUUUUGAAAAGGGGGGAGGGGAGGAGCAUGGGGAUGAGGCAGAUGAGGAGGAGGAGGAGGAGGAGGAGGAGGAGGAGGAGGAGGAGGAAGAGGAGGAGAAGGAGGAGAAUGAAGAAGGUGACAAUUCUGAGGAAGAGAUGUACAAUGCGGAGGAUGAUCAGGUUGAGGAGGAUAGGGAAGAGGACUUUGCUGGAUUGGAAAAUGAGGAAGAGGGGGGCACAAACUCACCACGAGGUCUACAUCGGGCUACGAAGGCGGAUGCGAAGGGGAAACGUGCUAUGGCCGACCAGGAACCUUCUAAGAAGCGUGGUGGCGGAUUGAGGCGGGGUCGCGGUGGGGGAAAGGUUGGAAGAGCGGGUGGGAGAGCGCGUGGAGGAGGGGGACGAGUUGCAAAGGGGGGGGCUGGUGGUGACGGAGGCGUGGGUUGUUCUCAGCCACGUCCACCACCCAAUGCUGCUCCUACCGCGCCUGCGGCUGGGGUGAUCCCAACGCGAUACACGCUAGCGAGAGCCAUCGUUGAGAUGGCGAAGCUAGCAAAGGCAAAGAGCAAGGCGUUGUUACACGCCGAAGGGGUUGGGGCGGUCUCGCUGACAUGCGACAUAUGGACAGGGGAGAACCAGAGAGGGUAUUUAGCGGUGACGGGGCAUUGUGUGGAUGCCAACUUUGAGCUCAAGCAGUACACGCUUGCGUUCAUUGCUUUGCCGUCAAAACACACGGCGAAGAAGAUCGCUGAGCGGAUUGAGGCAGUGUUGGUGGAAUGGGAGCUGGAAGAGAGGACCAUGGCGUUGACAACGGACAACGCCAGCUCGAACGUGGCGGCGAUGGAUAUCCUCUCGCGCGAGGGCCCGACAGACAUGCCCCGCAUGUUCAAGACCGGGAUGCACAUCCGGCCAAUGCUCCAGUUGAUGCGCCGCCGUUGCGCCUCCAGGCGCAUUUCUGCCGAGCAGUGGGACGCGCUUGAGGAGCUUGCAAAGUUCCUCAUGCCCUUCAACGCUGUGACUUUGGCAGCGGAGGGGUCCCUGUACCCGACUGCGAGCCGGGUAGUGCUGCAGUACAACGAGCUUAUGGAUUCGCUCGAGAAGAUCAGGGACAGCACCACCUCCCCUCCCUCCGUAAUCAUGCGGAAGUGCAUCGAUGCCUCCUUGGGCAAGCUGCAGGUGUAUUACUACAGCAGCAGUGAUGAGCUGUGUGUAGCUACCUUCUUGGACCCGGCAUUCAAGCUCGGGUACGUUGAGCUCGAGGACGGGAGCAGCAACGUGGGCAGGGCGGUAUCUCACGUGCCCUCGGAGGAGGUGCUGGCUCUUGUGCGUGCGAAGUGGCAGCCAUACAAGGAGAAGGUGCGGCGAGAGCGAGAGGCGGCUACUGAGAAGGGAAGAGGGGAGCUGAUGGUGGUGGGCUUGGGCGGGACUAGCAGCACAGCGGCUCGGGGGAGUGGCAGCAGCAGCGGGAAGACUCGGGGGGGCCUGAACCUGUUUGGGGGCCAGAAUCAUGAUGCGGGAGGACUCGUUGCACGCCUCAAUGCAUUGCGUGCGAAGCAGGCAGCAGAGAACAAGGAUGAAAUCCAGAUUUACCUUGAGGAGCCCAUGCAGCCCCUAUCCACCAACCCCCUUGCAUACUGGCGUCGUAGGGGUGAUUUGGAGGGGCUGCAGGCUAUGGCCAAGGACUACUUGGCUAUUCCAGCCACCUCUGCUGCCAGUGAGAGUCUCUUCUCACAAGGCAGGAACCUCAUCACAUGGCAGCGGCACAGGUUGGGUGCUGAACGCGUGGAGGCAUGCAUGACCUUGAAGUUAUGGAUCGCUUCGUACCCGGGCACCCCAUUGGGAAAGGCCGCCAAGGUGGCCAUGGUGGAUGACAAAGUGGGAGUGGACCUGGAUGAGGACUUGUGA